GNNNNGGAGCGGAGCGGGGAUGGCGGCACCGCUGCGGGCCGCCCUGGCGCUGGGGCUGCUGGCGGCCGCUCAGCCCGGCCCGGCCGCGGGGCAGCGCCGGCAGGCAGAGCUCUUCCUGGAGAAAUACGGCUACUUCAGGGAGCGGGGCCCCGGCACACACAGCCCCGCCGAGUUCACCAGGGCGCUGAGGGGUUUCCAGCGGGUGAGCCACCUGCCGCCCAGCGGGGUGCUGGAUGCCGCCACGCUCCAUCAGAUGGCUCUGCCCAGGUGUGGCACGGAUGACGGGCACAGCCGCGCCGCCGGGGCGCCGCCCGCCCGGCGCCGCAGGCGCACGGCACAGCACGGAGGGCGCUGGCCGAAGCGGCAGCUGCGGUACCGCGUGGUGAACUGGCCGUCCUACCUGCCGCAGCACGAGGUGCGCCUGGCCGUCAGAGCCGCCUUCCAGCUCUGGAGCAACGUGUCCUCCCUGCUCUUCUGGGAGGCCCAGGAGGGCCCCGCCGACAUCCGCCUCACCUUCUUCCACGGGGACCACAACGACGGGCUCAACAACGCCUUCGAUGGGCCAGGAGGUGCCCUGGCCCACGCCUUCUUCCCCCGGCGAGGAGAAGCCCACUUUGACAGCGCCGAGCGCUGGUCCCUGCACAGCGGCAAGGGCCGCAACCUCUUCAUCGUGGUGGCCCACGAGGUCGGGCACACGCUGGGGCUGCAGCACUCGCCCGUCAAGAGCGCCCUGAUGUCCCCCUACUACAAGAAGCUCAGCAAGGAUUUUGUCCUCAGCUGGGAUGACAUCUUGGCCAUCCAGAAUUUGUAUGGAAAGCCCUCCAAGGGCUCGGCCGUCCAGCUCCCAGGAAAGGUCUUCACUCACUUCCAGGACUGGAACACAGACCUUUACGGCAGGGACCGACAGCAGAGGAGCCUCAGCACCUAUUACUGCCACUCCUUCUUCGACGCCAUAACCGCCGACGGGGAUCACAACCUCUACAUCUUCAAGGGCAGCCACUACUGGGUGGUGUCAGCCAGUGGCAAUGCCAGUGACCCGCGGCCACUGCAGCCACGCUGGCCCGGCCUCCCCGCCGGCAUCGACGCCUGCGCCUGGUCCCAGCUCACUGGAAAGUUCUACUUCUUCAAAGGCGGCCGCUGCUGGCGCUACGCGGGCUCCUCGCUGGAGGCAGGAUUCCCCCGCAAAUGCAGCGCCCUGGGGCUCCCCCGGCACCCGGACACCGCGCUCUACUUCCAGCAGCUCCGGCGGCUCGUCCUCUUCAAAGGCCUCAAGUACUUCGUGGUGGGCGAGGAGCCGCUGGGCGUGGAGCCCUACUACCCGCGCAGCCUGCGGGACUGGGCCGGGCUGCCCCCGGGCACGGCCGGGGCGCUCGCCCACCGCGACCGCGCCGUCUACUUCUUUCGGGAUGACCGCUACUGGAAAUUCGACCAGGCCAAGCUGCAGGUGGUGGCCACCGGCAAAUGGGCCACGCAGCUCGCCUGGAUGGGCUGCUGGGAUGCCAACAGUGAGCAGGUCCUGUUCUGAGCGCGGUGGGAUGGGAUGGGAUGGAGCGGGGCUCUGCAUCCCCCGGGUGUGACUCCGGGUUCCUGUCGGGAUGCUGGGGCAGGGACUGGCUGCUUGUUGGAGCCGUGGAGCAGCGACCCAGCAGAGCUCGGCUGCAGCUGGGACAGGUGUGGCACAGCCAGGUGGCUGCUGCCUUUGGGACAGUGUUUUUUUUAUAACAGACUGCAGAAAAAUGUAUCAGCCACGGGGACUGCAAACACACCCAUUUCUGUUUACUUUCAGGAUAUUGUUACACGUUUUUCAAGCCAGGACUGGGGUUUGGUGAUGCUGUUUGAUAUCUUUGUUGAUACUUGUUGAUACCUGUCAUUUUCCCACGAUCAGGCAGAAGUGUCUUGCUGCUGCUUGCUUUGGGGUUCAGAUGGUUUUCAGUAACAGACUGAAAAUGUCUCCUGCUUAAAACCAAAAGAAAGGAGACAUUUGGACAAAAAUUUGGGUCGGUGUGGAGCUUUGCCCCUGCUGUUUGUUCAGACCCCGGGCUAUGGAGGGUUGGGGAUGUUUGCUGGGCUGUGCUCACAUCCCAGUGCUCUGCUGAGGCACCAGCUGGAGACACCACCACAGUGGGAUUUUGGGCUGAAAGCAGCGGGGUUUGGUGCAGGAGCCUCUUUGGGGUGGAGAGAAAGGGGGGGCUCAGCUGAGCUGCAGCUCACAGGCAGCAGGAGCAUUGCCUUGGAUGGGUUUGGGGUGCCUGGGUGGGGUCUCCCGUGUCUGACAAGGGCUGUGCUCACCUGGCAGCCCUCACUGUGUGCACAGAAGGUGCCUGUGCUCCGCUGCCUCUGCAAGGGACACGGGAUCAGGGAAUUCCUGACUCCCUGGGCCCCACCCGGAUGAACGGGGGUGACAAAUAACUGGGGGAGGAGGGGAAGAGGAGAGGGUGAGCAGGACAGAGGGACAUGUCUGUGCAUGCAGGCUCCCAGGGACUGUGUGGCUGCAUAUUCCUCAUUCCUUUCCCAAGGCAGACUCCCCACCUGGAAACGCUGCUGGCUCCUGGGCAGGGUCCCCAGUCGUGUCUGCAAAGGGCCAUCGUGUCCCAGGGCUGGGGAUGGACCUCAGCUUCCCAGGGCUGGAAUUCUGAGGCAUUGGUGCUGAGUGAGACAGGGCUCAGCUUUAUGAAAUGAUUUAUUGGAACCAUUUAUGCGGUGGUUCUGCCUGGACUCAGAGCCCAGCACUGCUCUGGUCCUGCUGCACUGUCAGGGUGCUGUGCUGGGGUGCCCUCCUGAUGCCAGCAGCUUCCAGGAUUCCUCUUUCCCUCAUCUUUGCCCUUUCCAGACCUUCCCUGCAGAGCAGGGCUUGCCCUAAGCAGGGUGCCAGGGCUGGUACUUCCGAGGGCUUUCGGUGCUGCCCGAUGCCAGCUGAGCUGUGGGUUUGGCAGGACGGGGAGCCAGCACUCCUCCCAUUCUCCAGAACACUCGUGAGUGAGCCCUUCAUGUGCAGACACAGACACAGGGUCUUCAUCUGCCCAAAACCUCAGGGGACUUUCCACGUUGCCAGAGAAACACACAUUGCCAUAGGAAUUGAAUGACACUGAGGUGACGUGGCCUGCAGGGAGUCCCAAGGGCUUGGAGACCUGACAGCAAAUAAAACCAACCUCUGGAUUUG